AACACAAUUCUAUUUUCCAGCAAAAGUGUGUUUUUAUUAUUUUCUAAAGGGAGUGUAAAAAAAAAAACAAGUGUAGAACCGAAUCAAUGGAAUCGUAAUUUGUUAUUUCCGUUAGUUUCGGUUUGCUUCCUCUUCUUCUUCCUCUGCGCUUCACAUCCUCAGACCUCAACCAUCAGCACCACCAUACCAACAACAUCAUCGCGGCGCCAUCACCACCGUACCAACAACAUCAUCGCGCGAUCCAAGCAACACUCACACCAACAGAUCUAUGCGCCACAACACCACCGCGCAACGGAGAAGUCGCGCGCGCGCAGGAAGCCUCAAAGAUUGAUUCGCGCACACAGAUGGAGGUGCAAUGAUGGUGUGACGGCGGCGCGGUGGUGGCUGGUCCAAGGCGGCGACGCGUGACGUUAUUCGAGAAGAAAGGGGUCGCGCACGCAGAUCUGGAGUCUGGAGCGAAGGACAUGGGCGACACUGAUUUCUUGGGCCCAGGGAAGGGGAAGAGGGAGGGAGAACAAAGGGGUAAGAUGGUCUUUUCCCUGGUUUGUAGGGCCCAAUAGUAACAGCCUUUAAAAAAAUAACCUAGUAAAGAGAAGCCAGCCCACUACACGGCCCACUCAAAUUUUUGCCAAUUCUCGAACUCACGAAGUCGAACACCGCCACCCUCAGUCUUCCUUCAUACAUCCAUUGUAAUCAUCUCUCUCCCAUCUCUGUUUCUGCAUGCUCGAAAAGCUAGGGAGAAAGGGGUUAGAAGCCCAUCUCUAUUUUGAUUUUCUGCCCUGGAAUUCCACUAAGUGUGUUAUUGUGACUGAACGGUUGUUGAGCUCUAUUUUUGGAGCUUUUGGUGUUGUCAUUAAAAGAAUUUGGUAGCUGAGACUUGGGCAUUUAACAGGAAUAUGGAGGCAAAUGCAGCUUCACACGAUCAUGAGGAUCAAGAUGAAUAUGUUUUGCUUAACUUGGAUGGUGUUUCUGACCUAAUUGACAUUCCACCAAAUGCAAAGUAUGUUCUUACUGGCCUUGAUACAUUAAACCCAGUACUGAUCAUUGAUGACAAAUUCAAGCUGAUUGGAGAAUAUGAGGAGACAAUUGGCACAUGCAUUGCUUUUACAGAACAAGCCGCUGUGGUUCAUGAAGAGACUGGACCAUCUGAAGUGAACAUUUUCUCCGGAACAAGACUAAUUGAUUCAAGUCAAGCUCCAACAACGCAAGUGAAACCUGUGUGUCAGCUUCACAAGGUUCUCAAGUUUAAACUAUCACCUGAUUCUGAAAUUCAGAACGUCACAGCUAAGGAGGCCAAAUGAAUUUAAAACUUAUGAGAUCCUGGGAAUUGAUGUCAAUUUGGGUGUAUUUGUGUGUACCUUGGUGAACAAUGACUUAUUCCCUUAGAUUUUCUUUUAGAUAUGUACAGAGAGCCUUUUUCAAUAUAGCUUACAUUGUUCUAUGGUAGGUAUACGUUUAAGGUACAGAGAGCCUUUUUCUGUAUAUCCCCCUUCAUUUUUAACUAAUACGUGGCAUUCAAUAUAGUAUUAUAUUUUAGAAUAUAUGAAAGUUCCAACUUGCCAAUCGUA